GCCAAAAUCCUAUUAUAAAAAGUAAAUGGGCCUCGACUUCUCACUUUAUGGGCCGACACUGUCCGGCCCGUCAAACCGGCCCGGGAAGCUUCCAACGGCUAGUUUUUGCAAACGGCUACUUGGGCAACGGUCGGGCAGCGAGCUGUUGGAUUCAUAUAUCUCCUGUGGAAGGGAAUCCAAUGUCGUAGUGUACAAACCGCUCCGCCGCCUCCUCCUCUAGCUCCGCCGCCGCCGCCGCCGCCGCUGCCUCCUCUGUUCUCGGGUCGACGACGAUGAUGCAGCAGCAGCAGCAGGAGACGUGGCACGCCGCCGCGGCGGUGGGGCUCCGGCCGACCAAGUCGGCCCCCUGCUCACCCAUCAAGCCGGCGGCGGCGGCGGCGCCAGCGGCGGCCAUGCUCCGGGCCAACUCCGACUCCUUCCACGUCGCCCACAAGGUCCCCGUCGGCGACACGCCGUACGUGCGUGCCAAGCGCGUCCAGCUGGUGGACAAGGAUCCGGAGAAGGCCAUCGCGCUGUUCUGGGCGGCGAUCAACGCCGGCGACCGCGUGGACAGCGCGCUCAAGGACAUGGCCAUCGUGAUGAAGCAGCAGAACCGCGCGGAGGAGGCCAUCGAGGCAAUCAAGUCGCUGCGCAGCCGCUGCUCCGACCAGGCGCAGGAGUCGCUCGACAACAUCCUCCUCGACCUCUACAAGAGAUGCGGGCGGCUGGACGACCAGAUCUCGUUGCUCAAGCACAAGCUGCAGCUCAUCCACCAGGGCCUCGCCUUCAACGGCAAGCGCACCAAGACGGCGCGGUCGCAGGGGCGCAAGUUCCAGGUCACCCUGGAGCAAGAGGCAACCAGACUUCUUGGCAAUCUGGGGUGGGCGCUGAUGCAGAAGGAUAACUACACGGAGGCGGAGGGGGCGUACCGGCGGGCGCUGCUCAUCGGGCCGGACAACAACAAGAUGUGCAACCUGGGCAUCUGCCUCAUGAAGCAGGGCCGCGUGCUGGAGGCCAAGGACGUGCUCAAGCAGGUGCGGCCGGCGGGGGUCGACGGCCUCCGCGGCGCCGACUCGCACCUCAAGGCCUACGAGCGCGCGCAGGAGAUGCUCCGGGACCUCGAGGCCAAGCUCGUCGGCCGCCCGCGCGCCGACCUGCUCGACAAGAGCUGGCUCUUCGACGCGCUGAUGCUCGGCUCCUCCUCCAGUAUCUGGCAGCCGCAGCCGUGCAUCGACCACAUGCUGCCCCCGGCCCCGAUGCCGCGCGACCAGUUCGCCGACGAGAACGCCGGCGCCGGCGCAAACAAGAAGGUGGCGGCCGCGGCCGCGCACGCGCUGCAGCCCAACAUCCUCAGGGUGGACGCGCAGCCGUUCUACUCGCUGCGCAUGCCGCCGCUGGCGACCAAGCCACAGAACGUGCAGCAGCCGCAACAGAAGCCGCCGACGCCGCAGCCGCAGGUGCACGAUCCAAUGGGCAACCUGAAGAGGACACGGUCCGGCAACGCCAUGGACAAGGCCACAGCAUCAGCCGGGCCAGGGGGGAAAGAACCGAGCAACGACGAGAACAACGGCAGGAGAAAGUCACUCACCGCCGAGGAAAGAUGGCCGGAGCUGCCCGACCACAGCGCGUUCGACGAGGCCCUUGUUGCGGCCGUCCUGGCCCCGGUCCUCGAUGACUCCGCCGCCACCGCAGAAUUGAACGGCAACUGCAAACCGGCGCUGGCGCCGGCGAGCUGCUGCGACACGAGCCCGGCGAUGAAGGAGAAGAUCGGGAAGAGGCUCAGGAUCUUCCAAGACAUCACACAGACACUGAACACUUUCUGAUUUCGUUCUUGAUUUUUCCUUUUCUUUGUUACUCACAACAGCCAAGGCUUGAUGAGGACCAUGGCGACGCCGCGAAGGAGAUGUGCUUGUUCUCCUGGAAGAUUCCAUGUCGCCGCUAAGUUAAAUUAGGAUCCUGAUUGGGUUUAGUCUGCUGAUGAUUCUUGAUUUGAUUUUUAACACACCCUAAUAACAGCUGAUCAAUCAUUCACAUUCUUCAGCUUUUGACACUUUGCCAGAAGGCUUUCUUGUAACAGAACACGAUUGGAUUUGCAUAUCUUGUUCUAAUUCAGUUUGUUAACAGUUGAAUAACAGAGUGUCGUUUGUUUAUGCUGC